UGUGUCUGGGAUGUGGUAGGUUAUGAAGUGCAUGACGCUCGCGUACGUCCCUCGACGCGUCCGGCGCGUCCGGCGCGCCCUCCGCCUGCCGUCUGAAGUGCGUUCUGCGCGCACUGCCGUGCGUGCUUGGACGUGUGUUCUGCCACGCGGGUGGCGCCGUAUCGCAGGGGGGAACACGCGCCUGACGGACAACUCGGUACACACCACCGCCCCCGACAGACGAAUCGCGAGUCGCGAGUGGACGGUCGUGUUUACGUGCGAUCGCACCCUCGGCCCCCCGCGGUGACUCGGCCAUGCCAUGUCGACUGCCGACCGAAGAAACGGCCCAAAACCCUACCUAACGCAUAUAAUACAUGCGUACACACGCACGCACGCACGCACGCACGCAUGGCCGCAACGCGGGCUCAAUGUUCAAGCUUAUCCGAGCGCUGGGCAACACUGCGCCCAUGGCCUGCGGCGGAUGCGCACGGUCGCUGAAAUCGCCAUUGGCCAUCUGGCGGAGGCGUAUGAUGCGCUCUAGUGCUCCGCCACGUUCCCAGCUCCUGAUAACAUUGUCACACAGUCGCCGACGGCCCACGGGUCAUCGCUGGCGUGCGGUGACAGCAUCGCACGUCGCGAUCAGAAAGAAGAGAGAGAGAGAAAUGCGCGGUGUGCGAGCGCAUGAGCAAUAUUCUACAUAAACCUCCUGUCGGCAGUGCGCUCCAGGGCGUCUGAUAAGCCCGUCCUGUUGUAUGUCACGACCAUGAGUACAAAAAAGAACAUUUGCAGCUGC